GGACGUAUGUAGGAUCACCCUCGCGCUGCGUAAGUAAGGACGCCCUCGCGUCUCGUCUCGUCCCUCUCGCGCUGACGGGCCGGCCGUGUGGAUCUGAAUGGCCGACCGACGAUGUGCACCGAUAUGUACCGUAUUGAAGUCACUGAGUUAUUGGAGUUAUGUAUUGCUUUGCUUGCCUGCGUAGGGUGCUUACAUAUGUUCCGCACACUCUUGUGCACUCACUUCACCUCACCUGUCUAGGUAUUCUACAUAUGCUGCCAGAUCCAGUGCAGCAAGCAAGCAAGCAAGAACCCUCGUUUCCUUUUGGGGGGAAGGGGCGUGGAGUGACAAAGCAAGAAUACAGGUAUGGAGAAGGCGACACAGCAGCAGCAGCAGCAGCAACGAGGGCAGCUACCUAUACUUACAUGACUGCCCGGCGUCUGCCCUGUCCUCUUUCUUUCUUUGGAUAUAUGUACUUGCUCCUCCAGAGUCCACUCUCGUUCCGUUCCCACGCCCUUCAUGCGGCGGCGGGGAUCCGACGUUGCGCGGCGCAGCGCAAGCAGGCAGGCAAGCAGGUUGGCAGGUUGGCGUGGUGCGAACAGAUGGACAUUGGACAUUGGACAUUGGACACUGGGAAUCAGGUUGGUCCGUCUGGUCGGUCAGUUCAUGCUCUGCUCUACUCUAGGUGCUCUACUCUGCUGAAUUCCUGGCCAACGGGAACGGGAGAAAGAGGUCACAAGUUUUUUUUCCUUUUCUUUUCUUUUCUUUGGACUCACUGUCGUGUCGUGUCCGAUGUCACUCCCUUCAGCCAUUGCACCGGCCGACAGACCGCGACAGACAGACAGACAUUGGCUCCAGUGGAGGGACUGGAGGGAAUGGCAUGCCGAAAAGGAAUCAGUCUGUUGGUUGGAUGGUGGGUUUGUGUGAUGCUUGUGGUGGUGGUUGUCGUGGUGGUGGUGGUGGUGGUGGUGGUGGUGGUGGUGGUGGUGGUGCAAUGGCAAUAUCGAUUCGGUGGCACCAUCCAUCCAUCCAUUGGUGUUCUGUUCUGUUCGGGCGAUUCGACAGAGAAGAUUCGCGUCCCCGUCUGCAGCAUUGGGUAUCAUACUUCAAGCCCCACGAAAACGAGACGAGAAGUGCGAGAGGAGUGCAAGUGGAAGAGGAAGAGGACGAGGAAGAGGAAGAGGAAGAGGCGAGCACGCGGUUGAGAGAUGCUUGGCCGGCCGGUCGGCGAUUGGGGCGUUGAUUGGGUGGCCGUCCGUAAC